AUGGUUGGACAGGUGCUAUCUUAUCCCUUGCUGUGUGGCCUUGCACAAGGGAAGGACCACUCUGAGUCCCAGCUCUCUGAGUGUCCUGGGAGAGGGUNGUGUGAAUGUUGGUACCAGAGGCCAGCGCUGACNCAACUUGGGCUCUGGGUCUCUUGCUUUAGGAGUGAUCUACUGAAUGUGGGCGACUACAUCCGCUCAGUGAACGGGAUCCAUCUGACCCGCCUCCGACACGACGAGAUCAUCACACUGCUGAAGAAUGUGGGCGAGCGCGUGGUGCUGGAGGUGGAGUAUGAGCUGCCCCCGCCCGAUCUCCUUUACAGGGAGGGAUCCUUAAAGGUGGGCGACAGGCUUCUCAGCAUAGAUGGGAUCCCANUGCAUGGGGCCAGCCAUGCUACUGCAAUAGCCACCCUGCAACAGUGUAGCCAUGAGGCCCUUUUCCAAGUGGAGUAUGAUGUGGCCACCCCAGACACAGUGGCCAAUGCUUCAGGCCCNUUGGUGGUAGAAAUAGCCAAGACCCCAGGANCUGCCCUGGGGAUCUCUCUCACCACUGGCUCCCACCGGAACAAGCCAGCUAUCACUAUCGACCGUAUCAAGCCAGCUAGCGUGGUGGACAGGAGUGGUGCGCUGCAUGCUGGAGACCACAUCCUUGCCAUCGAUGGCACCAGCACAGAACACUGCUCACUGGUCGAGGCUACUAAGCUCCUGGCCAGUGUGACUGAGAAAGUUCGACUGGAGAUCUUGCCUGCGCCCCAGAGUCGUCGGCCCCUGAAGCCCCCAGAGGCAGUGAGAAUACAGAGGAGUGAGCAGCUGCACCGCUGGGACCCCUGUGCCCCUUCUUGCCACAGCCCAAGGCCAAGCCACUGCAGGGCACCCACCUGGGCAGCUGGAGGCCAGGACCAGAGCCGAUCCGUGUCCUCGACUCCCUUCUCCUCACCGACUAUGAACCCUGCCUUUCCCUGUGCCAACGCCAGCACCCUGCCCAGAGGACCCAUGAGCCCCAGGACAACAGCAGGGAGGAGAAGGCAGCGAAGAAAAGAACACAGGAGCUCUUUGUCACUGGCCUCCAGCACGGUAGGGCCCGGCGGGCAGAUUGUUCAUACGGAGACCACGGAAGUUGUGCUCUGUGGAGACCCCCUCAGUGGCUUCGGCCUCCAGCUGCAGGGAGGCAUCUUUGCCACCGAGACCCUGUCCUCCCCACCCUUGGUGCGAUUUAUUGAACCUGACAGCCCCGCUGAGAGGUGUGGUCUGCUGCAGGUGGGGGACCGAGUCCUAGCCAUCAAUGGCAUUGCCACUGAGGACGGGACCAUGGAGGAAGCCAACCAGCUGUUGCGGGAUGCUGCGCUGGCCCGCAAAGUUGUUUUGGAGAUCGAGUUUGAUGUGGCAGAGUCUGUCAUCCCAAGCAGUGGGACCUUCCACGUAAAGUUACCCAAAAGACGCGGUGUGGAGCUGGGCAUCACCAUUAGCUCGGCCAGCAGAAAGCGAGGGGAACCCCUGAUCAUCUUAAGCUACACAGUGGAACUGAAGCGCUAUGGCGGACCAUUGGGCAUCACCAUCUCUGGUACAGAGGAACCUUUUGACCCCAUCAUUAUCUCUGGCCUCACCAAGCGGGGUCUGGCNGAAAGGACUGGUGCCAUCCAUGUCGGGGACCGGAUACUGGCCAUCAACAGUGUGAGCCUCAAGGGCCGGCCCCUGAGUGAGGCCAUCCACCUUCUGCAGGUGGCUGGGGAAACGGUCACACUGAAGAUCAAGAAGCAGCUGGACCGUCCCCUCCUCCCCCGCCAGUCAGGCAGCCUCAGUGAGGCCAGUGAUGUGGAUGAGGACCCCCCUGAGGCCCUCAAGGGAGGCUUGCUGACAACCCGCUUCUCACCUGCUGUACCCAGCGUGGACAGUGCUGUGGAGUCCUGGGGCAGCUCUGCCACAGACGGUGGCUUUGGGGGCACAGGCUCCUACACUCCGCAGGUGGCAGUCCGGAGUGUGACUCCCCAGGAGUGGCGUCCUAGCAGACUGAAGAGUAGCCCCCCACCCCUUGAGCCCCGGAGGACGAGCUACACACCGGGUCCCUCUGAUGAAAGCUUCCCAGAGGAGGAAGAGGGGGACUGGGAGCCACCAAUGAGCCCAGCCCCCGGCCCCGCCCGAGAGGAGGGUUUCUGGAGAGUGCUUGGAGAGGCUCUUGAAGACCUGGAGUCCUGUGGUCAGUCUGAACUGCUAAGGGAGCUGGAGGCUUCCAUCAUGACAGGCACUGUGCAGUCUGUGGCUGUGGAUGGCAGGCCUGGCUCUCGACCCUGGCGCCGGAGCCGGGAAGUUCGAACAUCCCCUGAAGACCUGCAGGAGCUNCUGCUGCCAACACCCCUGGAGAUGCACAGGGUGACCCUGCACAAAGACCCGGUGAGGAACGACUUUGGUUUCAGCGUCUCAGAUGGCCUCCUGGAGAAGGGUGUCUAUGUCCACACUGUGCGCAUUGACGGACCAGCUCAGCUUGGAGGCCUGCAGCCCUUUGACCGUCUCCUGCAGGUCAACCAUGUUCGCACUCNGGACUUUGACUGCUGUCUGGCGGUACCACUCCUGGCGGAGGCUGGGGACAUCCUGGAGCUGGUGGUCAGCCGUAACCCACUGGCACAGAGCCGCAGGACACCAGGAGCACCAGGCCCCAGUAGUCCCCAGAUGCUCUGAGGUCAUUAUGAAGCUCAGCUNGAGGAGUGGCCCCCAGUCAUCCACUUCUGGUCUGCAGACUCCACAUCCAUNGAGUGGCAUCUUCAAGUUGGAUCUCAGAGAACCCCAUGGGAAAGGUGCCAUCCCUGCUGCUCAGUCAGGAGAGCCCAGCUCCCUGCACAGUCAUCUCAGAGCAGCAAGAGGUGUGGGGAAAGCCCAGCUCAGUGUGGGAACUCGACUGAGCUGCCAGUGNUUCCCAUCUUGGGAAGUGAAUAAGCAGAAGGUGGACAAUCCUGGUCUGUGGCAGGAGGCAUUCGGCAACCCAGCUGUAUAGAUGGCACCCAGUGCACAGGCAUCCUGCCACCAGGAAAGAUAUGGCACAAGAACAGUGUCCUCCCUUCUCCCAAAUGGUGGUGUUUUGAGAGCCUCCAGCAUCAGUGACCACACUGAGGAACCCCAGUUAGGAACAUCUGGGGUACCAGAGAGUGCUUGCCCUUUCCUUCAGGUUGGCCGUACAAUCAUUUCUGUUUCGUGGGUGAUUCUGAACCCCAGAGCAGAGCUGUGGUCAUCAUUACCCUCCUGCGCCACAAAACCUUAGCCCAAGGACCCGUCCAGAGAAGGGCACUGCUUGAGUCAAAAGGUCCAGGAGAAUCUGCUCACCUGGCAUUCCAACAGAUACCAUGGAAAAUAAGGCUGAGCCACGGCUGUGCCCCUGAUCCCAUCCGUGGAAAAGGGGAAGAAGAAAGAAGCUGAAAUGGAGGGAGGUUGGGCUGAAGGACAAGACAGUAGCGAAAGGGAGCAGUGUCCAGAGAGACUACUCAAGGAAGUCCCCAGCAUCCCUUAACUCGGGGUUCCUCCAUCUCUGCCAAGCAGAACCCUUCCAGCUUCAAGCAGGACUCAAGACACCUCCCAGUGGUCUGGGCUGGUCUGACAAUUGGCUUCCUGUUUGCCCAGCUCAAGGUCCCAAGGACCCAGGGGCCUCCAACCCUACCCCAUCACCCCUCUCUGCCCUUGAAGCUCAUUGCCCAAAAGAACUCCCUGUUGAAGAGGACAGACAGGGUCCUAAGAAGCCAUUCCUUUCCCUGGUUCCCUUCUUGGUUGAGUAACCUUGAGUGAAUCUGACAGACACAGGGCGAGCUCCAGCUGCCCACUCAGACCCUUCAGCUCUCUGAGUCUCCUCAGCUUCCCCCAUACCCUGCCCUUCAUGAUGGCCUCUCCAGGGACCCUUAUGCCUGGGUCCAGGUAACCCAGUGUCUCUACUUUCACUGCCCACCCAUCAUGGGCACCAAACGAACUAAGACCUUCAGCUUCCAGGGCAGGCAAAUGGCACAGCAGAGAGGAGACUCCUGGCCAUCAGCACACCCGAUGCUGUGUGACCUUGGGCAGAUGGCUCAGCCUCUCUGGAUUUCUGGUGUGUGGCAUGGCUGACUGUACCGUGAAAGCCUCUUAGUUUGGGAAAUCUGUAUCCCACUUAAAGACUCCAGGUUCCGAAAAUGCAACCACUCGACCACUGCCCUCCCCUCGGGCNGAGGCUCUCCCAUCCUCCCAGAUGUAUGCAACUAGGCCAAGCGGUGGACCUCCUGGCCGUGGNCUGAGGCCUUCUCAUAUGCAAUAUCCCCCCUGGCUUCUCACAGGGCUGUUUGCCCCACACAACAUCCCUAGCCCCCUCCCUCGUGAGCAUCCUGCCUGCCUAUGCAUUUUGGGUACCUCCCCUGUGACACCCACCCCCAGAGCUGUAUUUUUCUCUGGCUAAGAUUAGAACAUAUUCCUUGUAAAGUAUUUUUCUAUGCCNGUUUUCUUAGGGCUCCCAGGGAGCACCCAGCACACCCAUGGCACCACUGCACAGGCUGUUCCUAGUCUGUCUGGGGCCCACGUAUAAAUCUUAUGUCCCACCAGGCAUCGCAGUGACUGGGGGGAGGUUGAGUGCUAUUGGGGUGAUUUUUGUAAUAAAAUUGGUU